GCAUGUACGUCGCUGCCAAUGUCUUGGUGGCGCAGCACUUCGAGAAGCGACGGGCCAUGGCCUGCAGCCUCGUGUACACAGCGAGUGGCCUCAACAACGUCGUUUUCCCUCCUCUGAUGGAGUUCCUACGCACAACCUACGGAGUUCGCGGAGCCUUCCUGCUGUACGGAGCCAUUCUCCUAAACACGAUUCCAGCUGUCAUCGUCCUUAGGAGCCCGCCGUGGCUCACCAAGCCGACUUGUGCGCCCAGAAAUACGGAACAUGAAUCGGAUGACCCGGAAAAAGUGACAGAUGUUGAGAACACUGCGUCAAGCGAAGACGUUGCGUCAGCGGACGUGUCGAACAAUUCUUCGUCCUACUCACAAAAUGGGUUAGCGUGUAAACACUCGGCGAGCACUUCGAUGAGCACCGAGGGAAUGAGUUCACAGACCUGUUUGUGUGAAGACAAAAGCGCAGCGAAGAUGACGCAAACUAAGAAAGUUUUAGCAUUCCUUAGACCCAGCCCUACGACUAAGCAGUUCUUGACAUUCUCUUUUCUAGUCCACGGCCUUUCUUUCGCAGCAGUUUUCUUCACCGCAGGCGUAUUCGUCAUGAUACCGGCCGAUCUUGCCAGAGACCGCGGCCUGAAGCCUUCAGAUUAUGUGUAUGUCCUGCAAGCUUUUUCUGCUGCAGACGUCUCGUUUCGAGCAGUCGUUGGCUUCGCCAUCGACUCGCGCAUCUUAUCUAUCGAAUCGUCGAUGCUGCUGGGAUACGUGGUGCAGGGAGUCGCUUACGAGUGGCUCGUGUGGGCUGGGACGCUAUCGCCAAUGAUUGCCGCUGCGUUUUUCAUGGGCGCCACCUGCGGUUCGAGACUGUCUCUGCAGGCGCCCGCCUUGGUCCAGGACUUCGGCAUCAGCAUUUUGCCGAUGAUGAUGGGCGGAGUGGGCUUCUGCGCUGGUGCAUCGCUUCUCGUGCGACCACUACUGAUCGGUUACUACAGAGACACCCUUGGCGACUACACUGGACUGCUGCAUUCAAUGGCUGCCCUCAACGCGUUCUUUGUAUGCUUGUGGACGGCAAAACUUAUUACGAAGAGGAGGGCGACGAUGAAGUUGAAAGCUAGGGAGAACGAGGAAACAAGCAGAACUGAUUUACACCAAUCUGGAAGUGACAUGAAAUGCAGUGGAGAAUCAUCGGCUACUUGAAGUGCUUCGAGCUGUAGGUUUAGAAAUUUACAUAGUACGGCGCCUAAAAGUUAAAGUACCAGUGACUUUGCUGACAACGCUAAGCUAGACUCCCAAAGGCUGCUGCCAUGGGCGGCUUAUGCUCUUCAAAGGACACAGUUUUGUGCAGAUCAUUAGAGUUAUCAAAUACAUAUAAUAAUUAAAUAUUCCGCAACUGAAUUCUCUAUUUUUGCAAUCGCAUUAUGUUUAUAUAUACUAGAAACUUCAAGGAAAUCGUACUCAAAAAGAUCGCAAUUUUGUUCUAUUCUUCUAGUGCGCCUGUUUUCCUAUAUAUUCAA